GCUAACGGAUUUCAGAUUCCAAAGAGCUGGAGACUGAAUGCUGUCUUUGCAGGAAGAAAAGCAGCAGUUAUGCCCCGUUCUUUCCUCAUUAAGAAGCAUUGCAGCACCAAAAAGCCCAACUACAGCCAGCUGGAAAUUCAGAAUGCACCCGCCUUUUCACCCUAUUUGUAUAAGGGUUUGGCAUUUCCACUGAUGCCACAGGUCGAAGUGCUCACUCCCAUCAUUUGUGACCCACCGAAACUGUGGGACAGAGCUCCUAUCAGUCUCCGGGUGUGUCUGCCCCCUCCUCCAGAUGCCAAUGUUGGAACAGAAACUCCAUUCAGUAGCCAACCAAGCCUGGAGAUCAGUGUUAAGGAAUGCACGGCUGUCAGAGGCAGCAGCACCCCACUAAGAGAUACAGUGAAUGACCUUAACCUGUCCCUUUCUAAAAAAGCCAAAAGAAGAAUCACAAACAAUGGUGCUUUAAAAGGAGACAGCAACUCUGAGGAAAAAAUCCUUGAAGUUGAAAGCACUGCUGAAGCAAUCCAGGAGAAAUUUGAGUGUUUUCACUGUCGCAAGGUGUACAAUACUUUAUCUGGGCUAUCUAAACACAGACAGCUUCAUUGUGAAUCACAGACUAGAAAAUACUUUAACUGCAAGUAUUGUGAUAAGGAAUAUGUCAGCCUGGGUGCAUUGAAGAUGCACAUAAGGACACACACACUGCCCUGUGUCUGUAAAAUCUGUGGUAAAGCCUUCUCAAGACCAUGGCUGUUACAGGGACACAUCAGAACACAUACAGGGGAGAAACCUUUUGCCUGUCCCCAUUGUAGCAGGGCUUUUGCAGAUCGCUCAAACCUCCGAGCCCACCUGCAGACACACUCUGAUGUGAAGAGAUACCAGUGCAAGAGCUGCUCAAAGACCUUCUCCAGAAUGUCUCUUCUUUCCAAACAUGAAGAGGCUGGUUGCUGUCUUACAUCUUGACAAAGAUUUUUGAUUCUUCGAUCAA